GAGAACAAAGAGAGAGAGAAAUUUUCUCCACUUGAAUGUCUCUCUUAUCUAAUUGUCGUACAUUUAUAUCAACAAUUUACAAAGAAAAAGAAAACAAAAAAUUGAACUCGCCCUUAAUUCAUGGAGGUCCAAAGAGGAGACUAAGGUGGGAUCCAUAAAAAAAGUUAACUGAUAAUCCAUCGGUGGAUAAUAGAUUAACGAGAAGUGACUUUUGUUGAUCGGCCAAUUAGUUGACAAUCGAUUUCACAACAAACAUCAAUUGGUUAGUUGACAAUUUAACCUCCCACUGUUUGGGUUAACCAAUAUAUUAGAGAAAAAGGAAAAACUAAAUCUCGAAUCAAUUACCUUUGCUACUAUCUGACAAUUUGAGUGAUAAAACUUUUCUGUUUUAUCAAUAAAAAACCAAAGUUAACCAAGACUAAGAGAUGAUAAAAUAAAAAGGAUGGUCACCAAGAUGAGAAAGACAAGGAAGAUGAUGAUAAUAAUAUCCUGCUGAUGUUUAUACUUGAUGAUUUGAAUGAACUUUUACCAGAUUAAUAUAAAAUUAGCUUGUUAAACGAUUGGGACGCUAAUUGGCCAAUAACAAGAACAAACAACUUACGGUGAUUUACUAACAACGAGUGGGCCUUUUUUCUUGAUGUUAUGUGUAAACGAGAUGAUGAUAUUAAUCUGAUUCCAAGACCUCCCAAAGACAUGAAGAUGAUUCGUCCUCAUCUUUUUAUCAUCUUACCUUUAACUCUCAUAUCUUAUUUUCAUCUUAAAAUCUUCUUCUUCUUCUGUCCUUUUUUAUGAUCUCUUUUUACAAUCCUCUUUCUCUUCCUCUCCCUCAUAUCGUCAUCUCUCUCUCUCUCUCUCUCAUUCUCUCUAACGACAUUUUAUUUCACAUAAUGUUCACAUUGUGACGGACAAGUUGACUCUUUGUCCGUCAAUCAGUUAACGCAAAGUAAGGCUUGGCUUCAGCCGGCGGGCUUGAAAUUAUCACCAUGAUCGUGGUGGAGGAGGAGGAGGUAAAAGAGGAAAAGGAAAAGCAAUAAGGUAAAGAGGUGGUCAUUCAAGAAGUGAUCAGUCAACAACGGUAACCAGUUAGUGCUUUUUUCUGUCACAAUCUUCCUCCCUCUUCCUCUCUCUCUCUCUCUCUCUCUCUCUGCCCAUCAAAACCACCAGCGGGCAUUUACACCCUCAACUCUAGGAUAUAUACUUUUUUCCCUCUCCGUUUACCUUUUACAACUUUGAUCUCGAUUCUUAAACUAGAAUAUUUUUUUUUCUCUCCUCGUUACUUUUUCCAUUAGUUCGUAACUUUUUGUUCUUGUGGUUGUUAACAGUUGAUUGUUGUUUUCCUCCGUUCACAAGUUAACAAUAUAUUUUCCAUUCUCUGUAAUUGUAACAAUAAGUUAUAAAAUAAUUAAAUCACUUAUUAACUAAUCAUCUAAAUUGUUGACACUCUUAUUACAAGUUUCCAAUUUUGUCUUUUUUUGUUUCUAAUUUAAUGAUCAGGUAAAUUAUUAAUCAUGAUCUCAGAAUCAUUUCAAAAAUCAUCUCAUUCACCUCAACAAUUAAAUCAAGUUAAUUCACCAGCGAUUCCGGUGAAUACAUUUCCUUGGUUCUCAAGUUACUUUCAAUAUUAUUUUUUCUGGCAACGUUUUAACAAUUACAAUCAAUUAACAUCAAGCGAAUUACUUAAUUUAGAAUCAGCAACAAAUCGUAAGAAAUUUAAUUUCUCAAAAUUAGCUCAAUCAGCAUUGGAAAAAGAUGGAGUCGAGGAAAAUGUUAAAUCGUCGACAUCAGAAUCCUCAGUGAAAACUGUUUCUUCAUCAUCUUCACCCUCGUCAUCCUCUUCAUCAUCAUGUUUAUCAUCACCUUCAUCAUCAUCAUCAACAAGUUCAUCAUUAAGAGAUCCAUUUAUAUCUUCAACAACAUGUUCCUUGCCAUCAAUCAAUCACAAUAAACCAGCAACAACAAUUAAAUCAAUCAACCGUCAAUCCGAAUCGUCCAAUAGUUCAAACGGUAAAAAGUGUCGCUACAAUAGGCCAAAACGGAGCUUCACAUGUCGAUUUUGUUCCCGACAAUUUACUAAAUCAUAUAACCUGAUGAUCCACGUUCGCACCCACACCAAUGAGCGACCUUACAGUUGCGACACUUGUCACAAAGCCUUUCGGAGGCAAGAUCACCUUCGAGAUCAUCGAUACAUCCAUAUGAAGGAAAAGCCUUUCAAAUGUAAUAUUUGUGGAAAAGGAUUUUGUCAAAAUCGCAUCUUAACUGCUCAUCUUGCGACUCAUUCACAAUCAAUUAGAUUCUAAGCUCAACAAUAUGUCAGAACUUAAAG